GGGAAACUGUAAUCUGCCAUGGCAACAAGUGUUUCUUCUUCACACUUACUAGUUCAGAUCAUCAGUUGAGUCCGAGUUGGAGAUCUGCACUGGUCACAUCUGUCACCAUGAAGGUUGCUGCUGGUCUCAUGUUGUUGCUGAUAAAUGUACACCAUUCCUACCAUUCCUGUUUUGAAGAGGCACUAGUUUUGUUCUGCUCGAGCAUACCAGCAGCUUUCAUGCCUGGUUAUUCAUCUCUGGUGAUGCUUCUGAACGAUGUUGAGGAGAUAAACGCCACUGUGCUACGCAGCGAUGACCUCGCCUCUGUAACCAGUCUCAGGAUCGAGGACGCUGGUCUGACGCGAAUCGCUGAAGGGGCCCUCGGUUCCUUCCAGAACCUCACAAAGCUCAAAUUAGACAAGAACCUGCUGACAGAGAUGAACCCAAACUGGCUCAGUCAUCCUGACACCCUGAGUGAGCUCAGCCUCACAGAAACCCACAUACAUGUUCUGAAAGAGUUCAUGCUCAAAGGACUCAUUAGACUGACAACACUCAGUCUGAACAAGAACAGGAUCAGAACAAUUGAUUCGAAUAGUUUUAGCUCCCAGACUGCCUUGGCUUAUUUGGAUUUGUCUGAGAACAGGCUGACUCAUUUGUCACCUGAGGUCUUCAGGUCUCUCACAUCCACUAGGAUCAGACUAGAUGGAAACCCCUGGAGCUGCUCCUGUGGUGCUGAAGACUUUGUUGACCUCCUAAAAGAUCUACAGAGCAAAUCUCGUCUGGACAGACAGGUGGAGGUGACCUGUGAUAGUCCUCCAUCUCUGAGGGGUCGACCUGUGUGGAACGUGUCGGUGUGUGUGUCAUCACCACCAUCAGUAACACAAACUGUCUCACCCAAACCUGCUGCUGUCCACACAACAGUCCCACUGUCCACUGGUAUGACAACACCUCCAUCACGACCAACAUUGGAGACAAGAACCUCAGUCCAACCUGAACCCACUGAUGCACGGUUUGUGAUCUCUUCACAUACAGCAACACCUCCAUCACGACCAACAUCGGAGACAAGAACCUCAGUCCAACCUGAACCCACUGAUGGACGGUUUGUGAUCUCUUCACAUACAGCAACACCUCCAGCACGGCCGACAUCAGAGACAAGAACCCCAGUCCGACCCACUGACAAUCUCACAAUGAGCACUACGCCUGCUUUAAAGACUGAAACCAACGUGACCUCACUUCCAUCAGUGACGCAGAUCUCCGUCCAUCCUAAACCUUCUGACCUGCCCUCAUAUGCUCCAUCAUCAUCCACUGAAAUGACUGAAAAUUGUGUGACAUCACCGCCAUCCUCAGAUACUGUCCGCACACUCGUUGUUGUAAUAGUGGUCCUGUCUUCGCUCCUGUUUGUGAUGUGUUUCCUGGUUGUGCUGCAUAGGAGGAAACGCAGCAACAAAACUGUGACGCCCACAUGUCCAAAAGUAAACAGAACUGAGUCGAAAGAAGACGGCAGCAGAUCAAGUCAUGCUCAGUCUCCAGGACAGUCUGAGAAAGGAGAAAACAAUCACUGGGAUUCAGAGGUGGGAUGGAGGAGAUCCUUUACUGGAGUCAGAGCCAAGUCAGCUAAUGCUAUUCUCUUUACUUCUCCUUUUUGUGUGCCUGGUAAAGACCAAGUGACUUUACAAAGUGAGAUGGAGCCUCAGUCAAGAGACACAGAAAACCAGACUGAAGGAAAGCAGAACCUGGGGAAUGAAGCUGAAGCAGAUGGACGGUUACAGACAGAAAAUCCUACAAACACCACUGAUGUAAGUGUUAGUUACGCUGCAGAUGGUAGAAAUCUGGAUAAAGACUCUCCACAUGUUGCUGUCAACAGUGACACUGUACCUUAUCUGAGCAUUGGCACAAACCGGAAUAAUCCCAAUGAUUUCAACGAACAGUCCACCAAAGGUCCAGAUCAAAAGUCACAAAUGAGAAAAGUUAUGGCGAGGAUCUCCACCUGGCCUCCGACUGCAGCCCAGUGGCAGGCAAGAUGCAAGAUGACGGCGGAUGAAGAGGGGUCCGAUGAGGUCACUGUUUGGACACCAAAGUGUCAAGGUGAGAUGAAGAAAGUGUUAAACAAAGUGAAGCAUCAAACAGAAGAUCCCCUAGAAGUAAAUGAUGCUCAGAUGGAAGCGGGACACUCUGAGUCCCCGAAACUCACUGACAAGACCACUGCUUUUACAGAGGCUCAGGCCCACGCUGACAUGAAACAAGAAAAGGUGCUGAUCCAAGAUCCUGCCGCUGUCAGGCAGACAACCAGUGAAACCCAAAAUCUGAGUCGGGGUAAACUUGGGCAAACUCAAGUUCUGAAACCUGCAGAAAGGAACAUGAACAAGAGCAGCAGGAAGACAGAACAGAGAAAUGAAGCAAAGCAGGCUGUGACGAGCACACAGAGAGGAGAAAACAGAAGCAGGGGCUCAAAGGCUCCCUCUGGUGGUGCCUCACCAGAUGAUGAAACACUGCUGUCCGGUAACGAGUACGCCUUCAUGGACCUGCUGCAUGAAGUCGUGCAGAACAAUGGCCGCUGGACCAGAGACAGGUGGAAGCAGACGCACGCCAAGAAGCAGCGGCGUUAGGACACUCACAGUCUAAACUUAUGUGCACAAAACAGACAAUGUUAUACUGUAGUUGGAUAGUUCGGUAAGUUAAUUUUCAAGAUUUUUUUUGUUGGAAUUCUGGGUAAUAUGCUUAUGAUAUAUAACUCCAGCCAAGAAAAUGUCUGUCGAUUUGGCACAUUGUUAUAACAUCCAUAAAGUUAGAGAACUCACAAGAAAUGGAUAAAAAAAAAUGCAAGGGUCUAAAUCUGUGAGGCCAAGGCCAUGAUAGUGUGGGUCAUGAUCCAAAAAACGCUAGAUUUGUAAGGCAGAAUAAGCAGUUUUUUUCAUAUUAACUAAUCCCACUGGUAAAUUAUAAGGUGUUUUAGCUUUUUGUUAAUGGUAAAGGUGCCUACUAAACCAUUAACCAUGUCACUAAGAGGCGCAACUACAGUAUCUUUUUUAGAUUAGGGUUUUUGUUAACAUUAUAUAAAUGCAAAAUAGCCAAUUGGAAAACUUUGUCAUUGUCAGGUGGAUUUUGGUACUUUCAGGCUAGCUGUUUCCACCACUAUCUAGUCUUUAUGUUAAACUAUUUAUGUUAUGUUAAAAUAUUUACCAUAUGAAUAUGAGAGUGGUAUUGAUCUUCUCAUCCAACUCUCAGCGAGGAAAGUGUAUUUCCCAAAAACUAUUCCCUUAAGACAAUAUUUUUGAACCUUGUGAAACUGUGAUUGUGAGAUAAAGUCAUUAUUCAGUUGUGGGUGAAUAACAGCACUCUAAUGAGAUGAAAACUGUGAUUUAAUUGCACAUUUAUUUACGUGUGAUUGUUGCCAUGUUCAUCAAGUUGUCAUUUGAAGAUCUGAGAUAAAAAGGACUUUUCAGUUA